AUGGCCACCACCACCGUCAACAAUGCCUCCUCUCAGUCUGUCGCGGAGAUGGCUAUUGCGACGGCUGUCAGCCUACUAGGCCCUGGCGCCGUCGUUCCAGCCCGCAAGCUUAGCGAACUUGAACGCGGUCUCCCAGUGUAUGACACCCUCACACUAAUUCUUCCAUUCUCCCCUCGUACAGAGUUUUGGUGGAAGAAAUACGGGGGUCCCUUUGCUUCCUUGCUCGACACAUCCGGGUACUCGCAUGUCGCACAGGCCAGGUUUCUGUGCUUCGUGUACGCGUCGGUGAUAGAGCUCUUGCCACCGCAAGAUCCCUCCCUUGUGGACUCUAUGAUGACUUUUGACGGAAGUCCUGUUGAGCCCAGCUGGGUACUUCCCUCCCCCGAGGAAGUUGCUUCAGGCAAGAUCAAGCCUCGACAGCUCCGUUUUGCAAUCGAACCGGCGCAUCCUGUAUCCGGUCGACGGCUGAGAGGUUCAGUUGUGUUGGAUUACCUAACCUCACCUCGUGGUAGCCUUGGCUUGGUUGUCUCUGGAGAGGAUAGCAUGAGCUGGAGAUUGAAAACUGAGCAGCUCUUGUUCCCAGAUUACGAAGGGGACGAAAUUACAGACGGGAGUCGAUUCUACGUUGGAUUCGAUUUCUCGCACAACGGCACGAUCACGCUGAAGGCGUACUACCUUCCCGCACCUCCGUCGUCUGAGCCUGCUCCUGCAGAGGGUUUCGAUUACGAACCUCUCCGCCAUCUCGUUCCUCAUCUAGAUCCAGCGCUUAUGAAACCUUUGGAGCUACUGCUUUCCUAUUUGGAGACCCUCGAAGACCGGUACAAACCUCGUAUCGCAAUCAUAUCGAUGGAUUGCGUAAAGAGUAGCGAGAACCGUCUCAAGAUCUACUUCCGCGCCAUAGAGGGAAGCUCCUGGUCGGAUGCCGUGAGAGCCUUCACCAUGGGUGGACCUGAUAUACCUCCGGAGUACUAUGACGGGGGAGAGGACAGCAACGGAGUGUGCGUGGAUAGUUUGAAGCGCCAGCAUCCGGUUGGAGGGCUGGCGUACUACUACUCUCUCGUGGCAGGCAAGGAUUUUCUGUUCCCUAAGCUUUACCUCCCUGUUGCAUGCUAUUGUCGCGACGACGAAUUCAUUGCCCAGGCUAUCGAGGAGUUUUACAAGGGUUGUAAUAAAAAUCCAAUGUCCCCUCGAGAUUUGGGAGUAGGCUCAGAGGGAUGGGUAGCCAGAGAGGUUUCCGACGCUUUUAAUCAUCGGCCCCUCGCAAAAUCGGCGGGUAUCCACACCUACUUCGCAUUCGCCUACAAGAAGAAUGGGUUUGAAUUGUCGAGUUACUUCUCCCCUGAGCCUUUCUUGUAA